AGAUUUUUUUUACCCUAAACACCUCCAAUCCAAGAGUCCCAAUCAAAACUUGCAAUUCGAGUCUCUAAUUACAAGAGAAUCUUCGUAUACUGAUGCAAAUAAAUAGAUGUAGCACAGGAACAAGUUUAAGUUUGGCGGCGCAUGAUUUUAAGAAAAUAUUUAUUUGGGUUUGUCCCUGUCAAAAGCGUAUCUUUCUGGGGCUUCGAUACCCGGUUAUUUAUACAGAAUUUUUUGCUCUCUUUUAGAGGCAGAGAGGGUACGCUACUGACUACUGAGUAAUAUUCUUCGUAGCUUGUUUGGGAUUCUGGUGCCAUGACCAUGAUGUCUCUAUCGCAUCCCAACUGUAGUAGGCACUCCUCUUUACCAAUAUCAGCAGCUUUACCGAAGAGUAAAUCAGAACUACUGACUGAAACCGAUGCCACCAUUCUGUGUUUUCAAGAGACUAAAGAAAGAAUUAAGAAGAUGUUUGAUAAGACCGAACUCUCUGUUUCGGCAUAUGACACCGCUUGGGUAGCAAUGGUAUCAUCUCCUAAUUCCCGUCAGGCCCCUUGCUUCCCUGAGUGCGUAAAUUGGUUGUUGGAUAAUCAACUCUCUGAUGGUUCUUGGGGUCUUCCUCCUCAUCAUCCCUUGUUGGUUAAAGAUGCUUUGUCAUCCACUUUAGCAUGUCUCCUUGCUUUGAAGCGAUGGGGUCUUGGUGAACAACAAAUGACAAAAGGACUCCAAUUUAUUGAAUCAAAUUUCACUUCAAUUAAUGAUGAGGAGCAACACGCCCCAAUUGGAUUCAAUAUAAUUUUCCCUGGGAUGAUUGAGACUGCUAUGGAUAUGAAUUUGAAUCUUCCACUAAGAUGGGAAGACAUAAAUGUGAUGCUUCACAAUAGAGACUUGGAGCUUAGGAGAAAUAACUUUGAGGGAAGGGAAGCGUACUUGGCCUAUGUUUCUGAAGGAAUGGGAAAAUUACAGGAUUGGGAAAUGGUUAUGAAAUAUCAGAGAAAGAAUGGGUCACUGUUCAAUUCACCGUCUACCACUGCAGCUGCUCUUAGUCACCUUGGAAAUGCUGGUUGUUAUCAUUACAUCCACUCACUUGUAGCAAAGUUUGGGAAUGCAGGUUCUAAUAUCAAUAUUGCUCUGCUAUGUAUGAUUUAUCAUAUUUGUAUGAUUGCUUUAUUAUUAUUUAUUGUUGAAUUUCCAUUGAUCUUUUCAGUUCCGACAGUUUAUCCUUCUGAUAAAUAUGCUCUUCUUUGUAUGAUUGGGAGUCUUGAGAGGCUGGGAAUUGAUAGACAUUUCAGUAAGGAAAUUAGAGAUGUACUGGAGGAAACCUACAGAUGCUGGUUGCAGGGAGAUGAAGAAAUAUUUUCCGAUGCUGACACAUGUGCCAUGGCAUUUCGUAUAUUACGUGUACAUGGAUAUGAAGUCUCUUCAGAUCCAUUAACUCAAUAUGCUGAACAUCAUUUCUCCCAUUCUUUUGGAGGCCAUUUGAAGGAUUUUGGUACUGCCUUGGAGUUAUUCAAAGCUUCACAAUUUGUAAUAUUCCCGGAGGAAUCAGGUCUCGAAAAACAGAUGUCGUGGACAAAUCAAUUUCUAACGCAAGAAUUCUCUAAUGGGACAACUCGUGCAGAUAGAUUCAGCAAAUAUUUUAGCAUAGAAGUACAUGAUACUCUUAAGUUUCCCUUCCAUGCAAAUGUGGAACGCUUAGCACACAGGAGAAAUAUAGAGCAUCACCAUGUAGAUAACACAAGAAUAUUCAAGACUUCAUAUUGUUUUUCAAAUAUCAGCAACGCUGAUUUUCUGCAACUGGCGGUGGAGGACUUCAAUAGCUGCCAAUCAAUACACCAUGAAGAACUCAAACAUCUUGAGAGGUGGGUUGUGGAGAGCAGAUUAGACAGGCUAAAGUUCGCUAGACAGAAAAUGGCAUACUGUUACUUUUCUGCUGCUGGAACAAGCUUCUCUCCUGAACUAUCAGAUGCUCGCAUCUCAUGGGCCAAAAACAGUGUGCUUACAACUGUUGUCGACGACUUCUUUGACAUUGGGGGGUCGGAAGAGGAACUGGCAAACCUUGUACACUUGCUUGAGAAUAGGUGGGAUGCAAAUGGUAGCCCUCAUUAUUGUUCUGAGCAAGUUGAAAUCAUAUUUUCAGCACUUCGUAACACAAUUUGUGAGAUCAGAGAUAAAGCAUUAGCAUGGCAAGGGAGAAGUGUGACACACCAUGUUAUUGAGAUCUGGUUGGAUUUGCUAAAGUCUAUGUUAAGGGAAGCCGAGUGGGCGAGAAACAAAGUAGUGCCAACAUUGGAUGAAUACGUGGAAAAUGGAUAUGUGUCUAUGGCCUUGGGACCAAUUGUUCUUCCAGUAGUCUAUCUCAUCGGGCCUAAAGUUUCAGAGGAGGUUGUCCGAAGCCCUGAAUUCCAUAACCUCUUCAAACUUAUGAGCACUUGUGGACGUCUAAUCAAUGACACCCGCACAUUUAAGAGAGAAUACGAGGAUGGGAAAUUGAAUUUUGUUUUGUUGCACAUGAUCCACAGUGGUAGUGGAACAACGGAGGAAGAAGCUGUUGAAAAGAUUAGAGGUUUGAUUGCAGAUGGACGAAGAGAACUGCUAAGGCUAGUGUUGCAGGAGAAAGAUAGCGUAGUUCCGAGAGCUUGCAAGGACUUGUUCUGGAAAAUGGUCCAAGUGUUGCACCUAUUUUAUAUGGAUGGAGAUGGAUUCUCUUCACCUAACAUGAUGCUCAAUGCAGUAAACGAUUUGAUACGUGAACCCAUCUCUCUAUAAUUGCAGGCUCUACCCUCUACCCAUUGAAAGGAUUCUACAAUAAUUGGGAUGGAUUGUGUGUUUUUAGUCACAUUUGCAUUUGCUUGCCUUUUUUUUUUUUUUGACAGAAUUUUCAUUUUGGUUAUGAAUUGUAUGGACCUUCCAUGGGAUACUUUUUUGACAA